AUGGAUAAUGAAAAUAAAAUAAUAAUUCUAACAUCAAAUAAAGAUUUAAUUAAUCAAUUAUCGGCAAAUAAAAUUCGAGAUACACAUACAAUUAAUUUCAAUUAUCUUAAUAAUUUAUCUCAACUUAAUUCAAAAAUUGAUAAAUUAUAUGAAAAACUUAUUAAUUCAUCAAUUAAAAAUUCAGAUAAAUUCAAUGAUCGUAUUUGUGUUAUUUGUGGUAAUGUUGCUAUUGGAUAUAAUUAUGAUGUACUUUCUUGUGCUUCAUGUAGAAUAUUUUUUUAUCGAAAUCAAAAUCAAAGAAACAAAUUAAAAUGUUUAUUACGUCAAGGUCAAUGUUCAAUAGAUUAUAAACAUGAUCAAAAAUGUCCACGAUGUCGAUUGGAUCGUUGUUUUCAAGUGGGAAUGAGAAAAGAUCUUAGAAUUAAUCAUCAACAAAAACGACAUAUUUCAUCAAAAUCUGUUUCACAACCAAUUCAUACAACUGAUAAUUUAAUGAUGGAUAUUGUUAAAGAAGAUGAUGUUAUUUUGAUUUGUGAUAAUAAAAAUGAAUUGUUAUCUGUUGAAGAUUUAUUAAUAAUUGAAAAUAUUCGUUCAUCAUUUGUAUUAAUAUUUCAAGAUCAUAAUAUUCAAUGUUCAUGUGUUGAUAUAUCAAAUCGUAUAUGUGCUCUUGUAUCUUGGUCACAAUUUGCAAGUCGAAAUAUAUUAGAUUCUAUUAAGUUUUUUCGUGAAAUAAAUCAAUUUGAGCAAUUAAAUAUUGAUGAUCGAUUUAUUUUAAUAAAAUAUAAUAUUUUUUUACUUUUUUUAAUAUUAAAAUGUUUUUAUUUUAAACGAUCAAAUGAUUGUUGUUCAUAUGAUAAUAAUCAAUUUGCAGAAAAACAUCGACAAUUCUUUAUAUUAUGUGGAGAUUCAUAUGGUAUACGUGAUAUGUUUGUUAAUUUAAUUCAUUCACUUGUUAAAAUAACUGAACAAGAUCCAAUAUUUUUAUCAUUUUUAUUAAUAAUUCUUUUAUUUAGUCAAGGUUUAUCAAUGAAUGAAAAUGAACCAAGUUUAAAAGAUUCAUUAAUUGUUAAUCAAUUUCAAUCUUAUUAUAUUGAAUUACUUUGGAAAUAUUUAAUUAAUAAACAAGGUGAAAUUAAAACUUGGAAAUGUUUUACUCAUUUAAUUACAAUUAUUAUUCGAAUUCAAUCAGUUGGAAAAAUAAUUCGAGAAUUUUUUCGUAUACAAUCAAUUACAUCAGACGUUAUGGAUCAAAUUGAACCACUUAUGCAUACUCUUUUACUUAUUCAAUAA